CUCCAAAACCAAAUCCAAGAAACAAAAAAAAAAUGCUUCACUCUCUAUCUCUUCCAUCUUUCACUUCUUCCUCAAACCACAAUUACAAAACCUUAAACUCACACAAUUUCUCUCAAUUAUCAAACCCUAAUUCCUACCUUAAAUUUCGAACCACUCACCAAGAAAAUGUUCACUAUCUCAAAGCCAUUGGUAUUAUAAAUCCCAAAACUAAACCGCACCAACUUCCAUCUCCUGAUUCCAUAACUCAAAUCAUUAACACCAUUAACUUUUUCAAAUCCAAAGGUUUUGAAGAUACUGACUUCUCAAAACUAACCUCGGUAUGCCCUCAACUUUUAUUCAAUUCAUUUGAGGUUACGGACAUCGACCCGGUUUUUGAAUUCUUGAAUAGUGAGUUGAAUGCUUCAUUUCAGGAAUCGAGAGGUUUCAUCACGAAUUGUCCUGAAUUGUUGUUUUCCGACGUCGAACAUUGUUUGAAACCGAGUCUUGAUUAUCUUAGAAAAUUGAGGGUGGCUAAGUUGAAUGUUCCGAGUAAAGCAAAUGCGUAUCUUCUCAAUACUCGAGUUGAAAAACUACGAUCGAAGGUCAAGUUUAUGAGGAGCGUAGGGCUUUCGCAUGAGGAGGCAUCGAGUUUUUGUGCGAGAGUACCGGCUAUUUUUAGGUAUAGUAUUGAGUUUAAUUUGAGACCGAAGCUCGAGUUUUUGUUGAAGGGGAUGGGGAGAAGUAUGGAAGAGUUGAAGGAGUUUCCACAGUAUUUCGGGUUUAGUUUAAGGAAGAGGAUAGUGCCUAGGCAUUUGCAUUUGAAGCAGAGGGAUGUUCGUAUUAAAUUGAAUAGAAUGUUAAUGUGGAGCGAUCAGAGAUUCUAUACAAAAUGGAAGUGAAUCAUUUUGGUA